UGUAUUUCCCCGAUAUCCAUAUUAAGGCGUGUAUGUUUCGUUCGCAUGGGGAGAGUGCCCCGUGCUCCUCUUUUGUGCUUAUUUUAUUGUUGGCGUGGGACAUCAGGCCAUCCCAGAUUACAAGCGUGUUUCGAAGCGGGCGGGGAUCGGCAAUGCAGUUGGAGAUGGUGGAGGAAGAUGAACUCGAUGGAGUUUGAUGCCGGUGCCGGAUCGUCGUGUGAAUGUCAGAUUUGGUUAUCUCGCCGUUGUCUUGAUCUGGUAGUUCUGUUGCAUUCCUCUUUAUCGGAGCUUAAUCUCAGCGUUCGCCACCGUUAGGGCUCAAGAGAUUUCAUCCUGUAUGUGCCGGGUAAUCUAACAGGAGUUAAAUCAUAGGAGGAAGAAAAGUCGGAGAU